AUGAUUCCCAUUAACAAUAGGUGUUGGGUUUCGAGGAGCCGUGCCCAUGUCCCACACGGUACACCUAACUUUGUGAUCAACCAACAAUCUAGUGACUUCGUCCUCAAGUGUGCUGCAAAGGACAAUUUGCAUGGCUGGGUCCGAAACACCCACUGUGGAAGGGUUGAGGGUGAAGCGCAAGGUCCCGAAUCGUUGAUUGAGCAAUUUCUCAAGCAGGUAGACAAGGGACCUCGUCAUGCCCAUGUGGUCAAGCUGGAGAAACGAGAGAUGUGUGUGCAGGAAGGAGAUGAUCAACCCUUCGUGGUGUUGCGGACAGGAGAGUCGGGGUUUCACGCACUCAAGGGCUCUAAAGACAACGAGGAGAAGUAG